AACCUUAUCCCCAUCAUGCAUGAAGCUACUGUUCUCUGCUCUGCUGCACUCCAGGCUUUGCUCUUUCUCAAGUGAGCUCAAAUGGCUUCCCCUCUCUUCAAAACUCAUGUACACACCAACAGACACACGAAUCCUAGUCCACCAACAACAAGAUUGUUGCCCCAGAAAAUCUCUUCUUCAUCCCUCCAACUUCCCCUGCACGAAUCCAUUCGCCGUAUCGCUCUACUUCCUCAAACGCUUCCUCAGAGACCCUGGACCAGCAAACUCUCUGCUCAAGCCUCUCUAUCUUCUCCCAACCCACCAGCCUCAAGAGAAGAAGCUAUCAAGCAAGCCAGGACUUGCCUCUCCACCACCUUAGAGAAGCCUCUCAACAACCCCAAGCUCGCCGGCAAGCUCAAGAAACUGAAGCAACCCAGGUUCAGGGUCGAGAUCCCGGUUGUCGACGACUCGCCCGAAUCGCUGUCCCAGCUCGUUUCCGACGUGUUCCGAGACUUGCCCGUGAAAAGAAAAGUCUCCCCUGUCAAGAUUCUGUUCCUGUGGCCUGACAAACAGUCUUCUGCCAAAGGCUUUAGAUCAAGUUCAUCAAGUCAGGUGGAGCAUACAGACGUGUCGUCAGUUACAGAGGAUGAUGAUGUCCGGAUCUUCAGUUCUGGUGAUGUGGUGGUCGUUUUAGCUCCAGGGUCUUCGCAGUUGAAUGUGGUGAAAGAAUUGGCUGAGAUAGUGUACCCGAAGCCGGUUGUACUGUUUAAUCCCAAAUGGGCAUUUGAUGAAGAGGAGAAUUUUGGAGAGCUCAGGGGUUUUGUGGGAUCAUUUGAGGUAAUUUAUUCCUUCAUGGGCUUGGAAGUUAAGGGGAUUUUGAGUAAGAGGAAAGGAGUGAUCUUUAAGUGCGUUAGAGAUGGGGUGGUCAGUGGGGAGAGAUGGGCUGUUCUUGUCGACGAAGAAGAAGGAGGGAGUUUGAAGGUGGUCUCGAGGUUCAACUCUCGGCCAUCCAUUGGUGAGGUCGAAACCGUGUUGUAUAAUUUGAUGGCCAUCAAUUCGCCCAUUACCAAGUCUGCAAAGUUCUUGAGGGAGCUCGUAUCCAAUGUAACUGGGAGAAAGUAGCAUUUCUUUUGUAGCAAAAAGUAUUGAGUUUAAUUUUUGGUUUUUUACAUACUAUGCCUCAAACUCUUGACUGACUGUAGAAUUCUGGCUGCAUCUUCUCAGAUGACUGCUCCUAACAAGAAGUCUGGACCAAUUAACGCAUGUCUGAUUUCUUA